CCGUUUUCGACAUUUCCUUUCCUCUUCAUAUUGAACAUUCUCAUUGUGAUUCCUUCAUUAACACCUCUUCGUUAUUUUUCUUCGUCAACGAGAUUGCUUCUUUCAUUCUUUCCCUUUUGUUUCCCGGGAAAAUUAGAACAGCACCAAAACUCGCAACUUAAUUCCCUUUUAUCUCGGGUAGAAUUGAGAUACUGCCUCUGUUACUGUCUAUAUACCUUUUGAAUACAGAUACAACAUCACAACUCAAAAGUAUUAUCAAUAAGUGUAUUCCCUCUUAUGAGGAGCGAUUAGGGAAGAAUUUGUUGCUAAUUGGAAGAAUAGAAGAAUAUGUCUUCCACAAACAAGGCUGAUAGAAAAGCUGCUGUUGAUGCAGCCUCAUGGAUGUUCAAUGUUGUCACAUCCGUUGGAAUAAUUCUGGUCAAUAAAGCACUAAUGGCUACCUAUGGCUUUAGUUUCGCUACAACGUUAACUGGUCUGCAUUUUGCCACAACAACCCUGUUAACCAUUAUUCUUAGGUGGCUGGGAUAUAUCCAACCAUCUCAUCUACCACUAUCUGAGCUUCUGAAGUUUGUUUUGUUUGCAAACUUCUCUAUUGUUGGUAUGAAUGUGAGUUUAAUGUGGAACUCAGUUGGAUUUUACCAGAUUGCAAAGUUGAGUAUGAUCCCAGUAUCCUGUUUUCUGGAAGUUGUAUUGGACAAAGUACGGUAUUCAAGGGACACAAAGCUUAGCAUAGCAGUAGUUCUUCUUGGUGUUGCAGUCUGUACUGUUACAGAUGUGAGUGUCAAUGCCAAAGGAUUCAUAGCUGCACUGGUAGCGGUUUGGAGCACUUCCUUGCAGCAAUAUUAUGUACAUUAUCUUCAACGGAGGUAUUCUCUGGGAUCUUUCAAUUUGUUGGGGCACACAGCUCCAGCCCAAGCUGUAUCUCUGCUGCUAGUAGGACCUUUCUUGGAUUACUGGUUGACAGAUAAAAGAGUUGAUGCAUAUGCGUAUAAUUUCACAUCUGUGCUGUUCAUAAUCCUGUCAUGCAGUAUUGCAGUAGGGACAAAUCUUAGCCAAUUCAUUUGCAUCGGCCGGUUCACUGCUGUGUCAUUUCAAGUACUUGGCCAUAUGAAGACAAUUCUUGUCCUGAUCUUAGGAUUUAUUUUCUUCGGUAAAGAAGGUCUUAAUCUUCAAGUAGUUAUAGGUAUGAUUAUAGCAGUAGCUGGAAUGAUGUGGUAUGGUAAUGCCUCGUCCAAGCCGGGAGGGAAGGAGCGUCGUAGUCUUUCAAUGAAUGGAAACAAAGCACAAAAACUUGAUGGCUUGUCAAAAUCCACUGAGGUGGAUGAUAAGGUGUAGUUUUCCAGUUAAAGGUCUGAAACAAAAGAGAAAGAAGACAAAGAAUUAAGCAUCAUAGAUCAGCUGAUUUCAGGGAUCUCUUUACACCCUGGAGGUCAUAGUCUCCAGCAGCUAUAAUUUUUAUUUUUUAUUUUUUUCCAAUCAUAGAUUUAUUUUUAUGGUUUUCUAUUUUCAGGUAAAGGAUGUUAUUGAGUGGAAUGCAAGAUAUAGAAUAAAAAAAAGUUGCAUUGUUCAAGUAAUUUUCUGUAGUAAUUUAUUUCUAAACUGAACUUCAA